GAGAAAAGGAAAAACGCCAGGUCCCCGACAAAACAGCCAUGGAUAUCCGCAAGCUGCUUUCCCGGUCCGCGAAGAAGCCACAGAAGGGCCCGGCAAUCAAAGAUGGAGGCCCGGCGAAAUUACCAUCGGCAGGGACUCCGGCAAAUCCCCAGCUGUUCCACGAUGCGAUACCUGAAUCGAGAGGAAAGAAGAGAAAGCGUGGGACGGAGAGGGUAGAGGAGGAGGCCAAUGACCAAGAGGAGGAGUCCGUUGACUUCUUUGCGCCGAAAUCGACGAAACCAAAAUCAAAGAAGGAGGACCAGACGGACGGUGUUCUUGAAACCCCUAAGGACGGCGAGGACGAUUCACCUGCUGUGAAGUUGCUGGAUGAGGAAGAAUGCAGGCAGAUACUUCGAUCGCAUCGCUUGAAACUUACACUUCUGUCGUCUGCGAAGGAGGAAGAAAAGAAGACCAAGAAAUCGAAGAAAGCGAAGGUUGAGAAAAAGCAGGAGAAGCAUAGGAACAAGGAACUUUAUCCACAGCCCCUGGUGGCUUUCAGUGAUCUCCGAAGUAUUUAUGGCAUAUCGAGACGAUUGGGGGAAAAUCUGGCACAACAAGGUUACAAGAUUCCGACCGAGGUGCAGAUGGGGAGUCUGCCUCUGCUUCUGAAGCCAGAAACGGCAUUGGGUGAUUCUAUGAAGGAGCUGGAGGAUUCCAACGGGACCGCAAAUAUUAAUCUGUUGGCUGUUGCACCUACUGGGAGUGGGAAGACGCUGGCAUUUCUCAUACCUGUCGUCAACAGUAUUGUGCAGCGGCGGAGGGCGAGUAAGGAUAGUGGGCAUGUCCUGGACGCGGUUAUAGUAGCACCCACGAAAGAGCUCGCAAGCCAGAUUGUCAACGAAGCGAAGAAGCUUUGUAUCGGUACCGGGAUCAAGGUGGUGGGGAUGCGAAAGGGGAUGAGAAUAGUACCCAAGGACGACCAGGAGGAGCAAGGUGAGAGCUCCAGUGAGGAGGAAGAUUCCGAGUCAGAAGAUGAGGCGUCUAAGAAAAAGUCCUCUCAGCCGUUGGCAAAAGCAGACAUUCUGGUUACGACACCUGGCCUAUUGCUCAGUGCAUUGUCAGCCAGCUCUCAGGAGGAACAGGCACCUUUACCCACCGUUCGAACGCUGGUACUUGAUGAGGCUGAUGUACUCCUCGACCAAUUAUUCAGAGACCAAACCCUGGGUAUAUGGAAAUCCUGCAUCAACCCAGAGCUGCGUGUGGCUCUAUGGUCAGCAACUAUGGGAUCAAAUAUCGAAGCAUUGGCAUCAUCAACAAUCCAAUCACGAGCGACCCGGCUUGGUCUAGAUACCCAACCCAGAACAGUCCGUCUCAUAGUUGGACUUAAGGAUUCCGCCAUUCCCAACAUCACUCACAAGCUAAUCUACGCCGCCACCGAACCUGGCAAGUUGAUUGCUCUCCGCCAGCUUCUCCACCCAACUGCAAGGGCCACCGAUGGCACUCAAUCCCUCCGACCCCCGUUCCUCGUCUUCACCCAAACAAUUCCCCGAGCCAUCGCCCUCCACUCGGAGCUCUUAUACGACAUACCCGCCUCUGCCGGCGGCUCCUCGCGCAUCGCGGUCCUGCACUCCGAUCUCUCAGACUCGGCCCGAGACCAUGUCAUGACGCGCUUCCGGAACGGCGAGAUCUGGGUUCUCAUCACCACUGAUAUCUUAUCGCGCGGCGUCGAUUUCCGCGGCAUUAACGGUGUGGUUAAUUAUGAUGUCCCUAACUCUGGAGCUGCGUAUAUUCAUCGCGUUGGGCGCACGGGCAGAGCAGGGAGAGAUGGUGGCGUGGCAGUCACGCUCUACACAAAAGAGGAUAUCCCAUACGUGAAGAACGUGGCUAACAUCAUUGCGGCGAGCGAGAAAGCGGCGGGGAUACCGGCCAGUGAAGCGAGCAUGCAGAAGUGGUUGUUGGAUGCGCUACCGACGCCGAGCAAAGAGGAGAAGAAGAAGCUGAAGAUGUAUGGGGUGGAGGCAAGGAGAGGUGGCUUAGGAAAGGGGAAAGAGGGCAAGGAAACAAAGGGCAAAGGGAAAACACAGAUCAGUACGAAGAGUGGUUAUGAACGGAAGUUGGAGAAUAAUAGGAGAGGCGCGAUCCAGGCGAGCAAGCGGCGGAAAGAGGCAGAGAGCGCCAAGGAGGCAUCUGCUGCAGAGGAGAGUGAGUGGAGUGGUAUUGAUGCUUAGGUAAGAGUCCAUGUAAAGCUCAGGGGUAGUGUCUCAAUUACUCUUACUAUCUGUGUAUCUCCCUCUCUCAAGACAUUAUUUCCACCAGUCGUGCC